GGGGUGGUUUGAACGGGGAAAAAAAAUAACAGUAUGGCGUCACUCCUCAACGCGGAUAAAACUUACGCGAGUUUUGGUGUCGUGUUCUCUUUCAAAAUGAUGUCAUUAGAGUGAAACGACGUUUCACUUGAUAACGUAAUGAAGUUCGAAUCAACCUGGCAAAGGCAGAAGUGGAGAAAAUGUUUGUGUGAGACCGAAAAGAAUGAAAGGUAUGUAUGAGAGCCAAGCAGAAACCAAAGGUUCGAUCUCGUCGUCAUCCUUGGCCGCUGAGCACGCCCAGCCAACAGAAAUAUCAAACGGCGACGGCGACCCUGGGCCUUCUGCCAUCAAGUCAUGUCUGGCGCAUCACAACAAAGAGCAGCGGAAGGGGACUCGAGUCACCUUUCAGAACGGAGAACACCUGGAGGAAGCGGCCUCAGAGAGCAGCCAUUGUCUGCGGCCGUUACUUGGGUACGACUGGAUAGCAGGUGUCCUCGAUGUGGAAAAGUCCCUACAAGAACACUCGGAUGAUUUCUACGAAGAACUUCAGGCUUUUCGAACACAAAAUCGAAGCGAGUGCAUGCACCAUCCCCAAGCCAAAUUUUCCCUGGAUAAGUGCUCUGCUCAGACACUGUUUGCAGACAUUGGCAGUCCGGAGACUGACACAGAUACUCAUCAGUGCACCUUCUUGUAUAGGCUGAACAGCAGACUGUUUCCCGUUCCCGUUCACCCCCAGGAUCGAUGUCCCGUGUGCAAAAUUCCAAAAUCCUCACACCCGCACGCUAAAGACAAACCAGCUCUCGUCAGAGUCAGCAUCCCUCGCUCCACUCUCCUACCACCUUACGAGUACAAAGCGCAUCGCCGCAGCAGCUUCGACCCAUCUGACAGUUUGGGUUUACCAUCUCACUGCCUCUUGGGCUGGUCCCACACGGUUCAGAGCCACUUACGUCCACCUAGCAACCUUGACCUGCGAAGUCACCUGGAAAAGAACACUGAGCAACCAGAGGAUCAGGUGACCACAAGUCUUCAGUCUGACCAAUCACCAGUUGUCGCUCCACUGGCUCGCCACCUCUUCCAGCACUUCUCGCCCAAAAGAAAAAAAAAACGACCCUCACCUUCAACCAUAGGCUGACAGACCUUCAAAAGUAUUUCCAUCCAUCCUUUAUUUGUUUGUAGCGCUCGUCCUCAGUUAGAGUUGCAAGUGAGCCAAAGCCUUUGCCACCUGAGUUUUGGGUGAGAUUCAGGGUACCCCCGGGACUGGUUGUCAGCCAAUCACAGGACACUUAUAGAGAAACAGCUAUUCACAGUCACAUUCAGAAUUCAGAAUCUUCAAUGAACCCAACGUGCUUUUGGAAUGUAGGAGGAGAAGAAUCGAGAGAAAACCCACGCAAUCACAUGGGGAUCAUGAAACUCCACCAUGGAGGACUUUAGCCGGAUUCAAACAGAGACUCUUGACCGGAAGGCAAACGUGUUAACUACUAAGACACUUUUCUGCCUCAAAAGUCGAUUUUAGAAGAAAUUGUAAAUGUUAUGUAUUCAUGUGUGUCAAGUCUUGUCAAAUAAACAUACUAAUCAUUUUAGUGGA